UCCAAGCCAGAGGAUAUAAGUCGAUUUCUCUAGCACAAAAUCAAAUCAUUCGGACAGUUUUCUUUUACACACCACUGGAACUGGAUCUUCAGCAUCUCCCAUGGCUAUUCCUGAUUUUCCUGACGAGUUUCCACUGCUUGAAGAGUACACCGAGAUCGCAAAUGAAUUGUUUUCGGAUUGGUUGGCUCUCAACCACUGCCGCAGAAUCCGGCGUUAUUCUGGCUACUUCAACCUAGCCUAUGCGUUGUGGAUUGACCUUGCUCACUACAUCCGCCAUUAUGAUGCUCUCGUCUUGUUUCUCCAUAUCGCUGAAUUUCUGAAACAACUUCACGAUUUCUACUAUCGGCUCAUUGUUCCCACUCCGGAUUUGCCUGACGAAUUUCCACUACUUGCACAGUACAUUGAGCAAGCCAACGAUUUGAUUUCGGACUGGGCUUCACGUACUGAGUUUGACCAGAUCCACACCUACUACACUUACUACCAGCGGGCCAAGAAUAUGUGGUUCGAUCUUCAGCGUUACACCCGCAAUGCUGGCGUCCUCCUCUUGUUUCUCCGUCUAACUGAUUUUAUGAAGCGGCUGCACGACUUUUACUACGAACGCAUUGCUGGCGCCCCGGACAACUCGCUUGACUCGGGUUUCUUCGAGGGCGAUCCGUCGGAUGAAGCUGAAAGCGACGUGGGUGACGAAAACGAAGAAGAAGGUGAACACGUUCUUGCGGAUGACACGUUGGAGAGUGAGCCGGCGACUGAAGCUGAAGAAGGAGAAAUCGACGACGCGGUUCCGGAGACCGAAGCCGAAGAGGAACUGGACGACACUCUCCUGGUCGGAGACAUUGACUUGGAAGAAUACCUGAACAGCACUGAGCCUGCGGAGACUGUCGUAGGUGGCAACAAACGGAAGCAUUCGGAAGACGACGACGACAACGACGAACCGCCUACCAAGAAGCAAGAGACUGAGGUGAACACCCAAAACUAAAAUGUCGUAGUGCUUUUCUUUUUAUGGUUUUGUUUUUACAUACAAUACAUACCAUGGGAUAACGGCAGUACAGUUUUCAUACCUCUCAUUUGAUACCGCAUACCGUGGGAUAAUGGUUACAGUAUUAGUGGAAUUACAGUGUUGUGGUAAUGGUGUAGACUGUUUUCGAUGGAGAUGGUUGUUGUUGGAAAUAAUACAACGUGGUUCUUUUUCGUUAGUUUUUCACGUUCAAACAUGUCGAAAAAAAGGCCGAGCGGUUACUUACCGGCGCUGCUAGCGCCGGUAAGUAUCCACUCGCGCCCACUGGAACGCCCAAAGGUGUGGCUUAAACACUGUUAACCAAUUGCAUCGCAUUACAGAAAACAUCAGACCAAUAAGCACACGCUGCAGUAAUUCAGCUCGUGUAUAAAACCCGCGCGGCACGAGAUUUUUCUUCAUUUUAAUCCCUCACAUCUGGCGAAAAAAUGACUUAUGAGUUGUCUGCAUCUGAUCAUGCGGCUAUUGCGGCCAUACUCAGUGAGCCGUGGAUGGAUGUUGAUGAUGAGCAGCAGCAGCAAGCUAACGAUGCGUACCAGUUAACCGUUGAAGAUCAAGCAGCUUUUGAUCACAUGCUUGCUAAUCCCAAUGAGUUCAAUGAACAGACUCUAGC